AUGGCUCGUGAAAAAGGCGCCUCCUCUCACACCGAUCGUCAUCAAUCGACAAGUAUGCGCCGCCUCGCAGAAGUGACUACGCCGUUCGAUCGGCAUCUUGUAGAUGUGUAUGCAGGACGUACACUGGAUGGUCUUGCAUUUUUUAAAGAACAUGGCUACUUUGAUGUGAGCGAUACUGCCAACACGGUGCAAAUGUUUCGCGAGAACGUCGGCUUGAACGAGUUCUGGGACGAUCGUGAAAGUCUCGAUCGACUUGAUUCGUUCGAACGAGCAACGGUAUAUCCCUUUGGUUUAAAAAGUAAAGUGCCAAGCAGUCGUAUACGCAGUGCAUUACAUCGGACCAAUUCUGGACGGUGUGCACAGUUAGACGUGAAUGGGUUCUCGAUGACAGAGGACGACCUGCUGGAGAUGGAGCGCGAGGAUCGUCUCAAGGUGAAGAGUUUAGAGCUAGAUGAAGAUGACGAAGCAGAGUUGGAGAACGAAGUGGUCUGUAUGAAGAAGGCAAUUGAGGUGAUUCGCGUAGAGAAACACUAUAUUCAACAAGUGCUUACUCGGGCGCUUACUCGGAAAGACUCUGACAGCGUCUCAGUAGUUCCUAUAAGCGACCGAUACACUACACCUGACUUUAUCGACCUAUUGCCCAUUCCAUCUCAAGUUGCUCAUUUAGAUCUCCCACCUUAUUGCGGUAAUCUAUUUGUGCUUCGUGAAUCCAUCGCGCUACUUUGUCGCAGCUGGAGCAAGCGUUGGUGUAUACUAGACUUUCAGUCCUUUAAAGUUACUCUAUACAAGCGAAGCUAUUGGCAGAGUCGUCGAGGAGAGCUGGAUUUACGCUUAGGAACAAAGAUUGUUAUGAUGGGACGUUGUGCCUUUUGCGUUGAAUUCCUAGGUGGACCCAUGCUGUUUAUAAGGGCAAGAAACGAAAAAGCGGCCGUAAUUUGGGUGCAGCUAAUGCACUUUGCCAUGCAAACGGUACAGGGCAACACGAUUGAAUGUGAUGAGACUUUUUACUCGAAGAAUGGCUUGAAGAUGCGAAGAUGA